AUGGGAAAUAAUUUUUGUUAUACCAAGAGUGGUAUGUAAUCUACAAUGUCUCAAUUAUUAUGCGAAUAGAAAUUUAAUGGAUGUGAUGUCCUUUUAACAGCAGGAAAUAUAGAGAAUGAGUCAGUAGAUUGUAUAGUUUGGCCAACUGAUCAACAAUUUUCAAAUGUUCCUUAAAAUGAUAAACCUACAUUUAUACCAGCAAAUGGGAAUUGUAUUUUUGUAGGAUCAACUAAAAGUAAUUAAGAAAUUAAAAAGAUUAGAAAACAAAAAAAAUUAUAUAUUGGCUGUUGUUCAAGAAAAUAAUGAAAUGAGUUUUUAAGAUUAGUAGGAUGAAGAGAGACAAUUAAUUUAUGAAACUAUUUAAAAUUGUCUUAAAAUGGUAUCAAAUAAAUUAUAGUUAGGCAAAUGCUAGAUAAAUGAGAUCUAUAGCAUUUCCAGUAUUCUAAUCAAAAGAUCAUACAACAUCAGCAACAAUAAUGAUUAUGGCUAUAAAAUUAUUUAUUACUGAACAGAAAUCAGAUUCAGUUACUAAAAUUUGUAUAUCAUUGAAUGUAACAAUAUGAUCCUUAUAGAUGUACUUCCUUUUAGCAAAUAGAAUAGGUUGCUAGUUUUAAGUGGGUAUUUUAGUAAGUAUUUGAACAGCAUAAUUCAACCAAAUCCAAAUCAUACUCAAGUACAAUAAAUCCUACUUUUAUGGAGGAAUACAAAUCAAUAAGAUUAAUUUAAUAAUAAGCUAUGAAAGAAGGCACUCCUUGAU